GGGGCGUUGAUAAGCGCGUGCGCGCCGCCUCAGCCGCGAGUGCUAUGGAAGCGGACCGGCGCGCCGGGCGGCCCAACCCGAGCGACGAGGCGGGGGCGCUCUCCACGCUCUUCUUCUGGUGGACGGUGCCCCUUUUCCGAGAUGGCUACUCGCACGACCUGGCGCCAGAGGACCUGUGCGACGCCCGACGCAUGGACAGGAGCGCUCUGCUGGGGAACGCCCUCGAACAGCACUGGCUGCGCCAGGAGGCGGCUGCGAAGCGGCGCAAGGGAAGGCCCAACCUGCGCACCGCCAUCUUGAAAACCUUCGGCGCAGAAUACGUCAAACUGGGAAUUCUCGUCUUCAUCACCGACAUCGUUCUCCGACUGGCACAGCCGCUGCUGCUGGGUGGCCUGCUGUCGUACUUCGAACUGGACAGCGCGGUGCCGCGGCGCGACGCUUACCUCUAUGCGGGGGGAAUCGUGUUGAGUGCGGUGUUGAACGCGCUCUGCUCCAACCACUACCUCAUGCGCGCCGCCCUCACCGGCAUGCGCGUGCGCGUCGCAUGCUGCGCACUCAUCUACCGCAAGGCGUUGCGGCUUAGCCAGGGAGCGCUUGGGCGUACGGCAGUGGGCCAGAUGGUCAACCUAUUGUCCAACGAUGUGAGCCGCUUCGAUUUGGUCUGCAUGUUACUGCACUACAUGUGGGCGGCGCCCCUGGCGGGCGCCAUCUGCGCCUACUUCAUGUACCGCGAGGUGGGCUGGCCCGCCUUUACUGGCAUCGCCGCCGUCUUCGUGGUGGUCCCUCUGCAAGCCUACAUGGGUCACCUGUCCGCCAAGUUCCGCCAUAAGAUGGCGGUGAAGACUGACAAGCGUGUGCGCCUCAUGGACGAGAUCAUCUCGGGCAUCCAGGUCAUCAAGAUGUACGCGUGGGAGAAGCCCUUCGCCAAGUUGGUGGCCAACGCCCGCAGGCAGGAGAUUCGCGUCGUGACGAAAACAUCGUUCAUCCGGGGUCUCUUCAUGACGUUCGGCCUGUGCACCACCCGCAUCGCACUCGCCUGCACACUCGCCACCAUGGCGUUCGCGGAGAUGCCGUUGCGCGCCAGCCAGGUGUUCGUGGUACUCUCGUACUUCAACAUCCUCUCGCAGACCAUGUCCAUGGACUUCAUGUGCCACGAGGAGCUGCAGGUGCCGCAGCUGAUGGAGCCACCGUCGCUGAACGGCCAGGCGGGCAAGGAGGGCAAGGGGAGCGCAGAGCAAAGCAAGGGGGAGGGGGAGGACGAUGACGUCAUGGUGGCGGUGAAGGGCGUGACGGCGCGCUGGGAGCCUACGCAGCCAGAGCCCACCCUGGCCAACGUGGACCUGGCGGCUCACCGCGGACAGCUCAUCGCGGUCAUCGGACACGUGGGCGCAGGCAAGGAUACAGAUUUUGAGGUUGCAUAUGUUAUUAACCACAUGCGCUACGUAGUGCACGCAAGUAAGCUAAACUUCAUUAAUUGUACUACAACAAAAAUUAAAAAUUUGAAACUUUCGGCGCCCAAAACUGCAUGUCUGCUGCAGAGUAAGACAACGCAAGAGGAAAUCCGCGAGUUCUGGCGCGGCGGAGCGCAACAAAACGCUGAACGCCACGUGGCCGGCCUGGAGGCGGCUGGAGGCGCGGACGGCGGGCGGAACGCGAGAGCGGGAGUGAGGAGGCCGCGACGCAGCGAGGGCGGCAGGGGCCGCGGCCCCUUACAGAUAUAUGGGUACACUGUUCCUUGCGCAAACUCAAUUCUUCGAAUGCUCUGCGCAGAGGUUGCUGGCGAGUGCGGUGAAUGCGACGCGUGCGGCGGUGGGCGUGCGCUGGACCCCGGACCGCGCCGCCCCCGCUCGAGACCAGGAGUUCGCGUACGUCUUCCUGGGGUGGGGGCACAGCUGUUCCUGCUGGCGGCUGCAUCUUCCGCUCCUUGGGCUUCCACAGUGUGGGCGAUGCGCUGCUCGAGCGCCCGGCUGCACGCCGCGCACUGUUCCGUUCCAUCACUUGCGUGGCCAUGCGCUUCUUCGACACCAACCCCUCCGAAAUGUUAUUUCUGUAUUGUGUAA